GAGGCUCAGCCAGGUGCCUGCUCACUCCUUUAGUCAGAAGACAACAGCAGCACUUCUCCCUGUAAGCACCAAAAACUCAGGUCACGAGUUGUGAUGGGGCCCGGAGAAGCAGUGUUGCUGGGGUUUGUGCUUCUCUUCUCAUGUGGAGACCUUGGCGUGUCCUCGCACAGCCGGCUCAACGUCAGCACCAACGAGACUCCCUCAGUGAGCCAAAUCCCACAAAUGACAGCGAGGUCACUGCAGACGAUAGAUCACCAGCCUAACGGGUCGGGGAGCGAGCCGGAGCGUUCUCCCGUCACGUACCGGCUCAGGAGCUACCAGCUCAGGAAGCAGAAACCCACCGGGCCUCUUGUGGAGCAGACGCAGGCCCGAGAGCAGGAAACAGCUCCAGAGUUGUUAAAACUGCCGUUUCAAGGCCCAGACCUGAACCCACGUCCCAAGCAGGAAUCAAAAGUGCCGCUGAAGGCGGAGCAGCGGGUGCCGGUGGCUGCAGAGAGUGUGGUGGUGCGCUGCGGAGAAACAGAGGUCACCGUGGAGGUCAAGAAGAACUUCUUGGGAAAUGGUCGGCAGAUCCGAGCGAGCGAUCUGACAUUAGGAGGCUGCGCCGGAGUCGACACCGCUGACCACGUCCUGCAGUUCCACACAGAACUACAAGGCUGUGGCAGCACGUUGAAGAUGACUGAAGGAGCCCUUGUCUACUCCUUCUCCCUCAUCUACUCUCCGACACCCAUAGGCGACACCUUCAUUCUGAAGACCAACCCUGCUGAGGUGGGAAUUGAAUGCCACUAUCGAAGGAGGCAUUACGUGAGCAGCAACGCCAUGAGGCCCAUCUGGACGCAGUUCUCCUCUGACGUGCUCGCGGAGCAGCGGCACCACUUCUCCCUGCGUCUCAUGACAGAGGACUGGCAGUCGCAGCGGCCAUCCAGCGUUUUCUUCCUGAGUGACGUCAUGCACAUCGAAGCGGCCGUCCUGCAGGGUCACCACGUUCCCCUGAGGGUCUUUGUGGACAGCUGUGUGGCCACGGCAGAGCCCGAUCCCUUCUCCCAACCCAGAUACCCCUUCAUCAGCAACCACGGGUGUCUAACUGAUGCUAAGCUGACAGGAGCCAAGUCUUACUUCAUGCAAAGAAGCCGGCAGGAUAAACUUCACUUUCUGCUCAAAGCCUUCAGGUUCCAGCAAAAUCACAGCAGCUCGCUCUACAUCACAUGUCAUAUGAAAGUGACGACGGUCUCUGUUCCCAUCGACUCGCAGCACAAAGCGUGUUCAUUCCUCACUGAGGCCAACAGAUGGGUGGCGUCAGGUGGGGACAAUGAGGUGUGUGGCUGCUGUGAAAGCAGCUGCGACAAGCAGAGAUGGAGAAGAAGCCUCGUGGUGGACACUGGUCUUCCUCCGGAGCUGCAGUGGGAGGGGGUGGCCUCUCUAGGCCCCAUCCUGCUGGAGGAGAACGUCCUAGAAGAGGUGUCCGAGCUUCCUCCAGAGCCGCUCCCUCUGCUCCACACGCAGGAAGUUACUCAGACAGAUACGACAAUAUCCUCUCACCCGUCGAUAGACCUGCUGUGUGGAGUUGGUGCGGCGCUGGCCGUGGUGCUGCUAGUUCUCAUGGGAGCCGUCACUGUGAGCAGACUACACAAGCUCAAUGGAUACGAUGUCAAAACCUGAUCUAAGAGAAUAAAACCUUUAUACAAACCCA